AUUUAGCGGAGAGAGAUUUCCCAGACCAGAGCUCCAUAUAAGGCCUAACUUGGGCCCUGGACAGUGUAAACUGUGCGGAAUGGAGUUCAAAUCUCAGGAAAGAUUGGAGUUCUCUAUUAGAUUCUUCCAUCAACAGAGGUAACAUUUCAUCAAAACUUCUCAUUUCUCCCUGAAUCAUGUUUCUUCUUCUUUGCGCUAGAAAGCUACGCCACGUUAGGAGUGCUGGAGAUUUGUCGACUAACCAUCUCCAUCUGGGUUUUCUUCAAAAUGCUUCUCUGAAACGCAUCUCAACCUCAACAGAUGCUCAUUCUUUUACCGUAUCCUACCUCAUAAACUCAUGUGGAUUUUCCAAGGAAGCUGCCGUAUCUGCAUCCAAGUUGGUCCAUUUUGAAACCGUGGAGAAACCAGACUCGGUCCUCUCCUUCCUCAGGGAUUACGGAUUUACCAAUUCCCAAAUCUCCAAGCUCAUCAGAAAUCGGCCAACGCUUCUCGUAAUUGAUCCGGAGAAAAUCCUUAAGCCCAAAUUUGCCUUCUUUUAUUCUGUAGGGUUUUCUCGACCUGACCUUCAAAAGAUUCUCUGUCGACACUCGGGUAUAUUGGCAUAUAGCUUAAAAAACCAAAUUAUACCUUCUUUUGAGUAUCUUAAGAGCAUAGUUCACACAAGCAACAAUGUUAUCACCGUUCUCAAACGCUUGAGGUGGGCUUUUGAAUCGUCUCAACAGAAGCGUAUGGACGACAACAUCACUAUCCUUCGUGAUCUUGGUGUGCCUGAACGAUUCAUCUCCAGCACUGUAAGGACUCACCCUCAGUCAUUUUUGAGGCCACUUGAUCUGUUCAAGAAGAAUGUCAAAGAAAUUAAGGACCUUGGGAUCGACCCUUCAAAGUUAGCUUUUGCUCGUGCAGUUUCUGUAAUGAUAAGGAUUGGAAAAUCAACGAGGGAAAGAAAAUUGGAUAUCUAUAAGAGAUAUGGUUGUUCUGAUGAUGAGAUUACCUCAAUGAUAAAAAAGCAUCCUUAUUGUCUGGCGCUUUCGGAGAAGAAGAUAAUAAGAGCGAUCGAUUUUCUGAUCAACAAAAUGGGCUUGGAACCAUCAUUUAUUGCCAAAAACCCAAUACUUCUCCAUUUUAGCUUGGAGAAGAGGAUGAUUCCAUGGUAUUCAAUCAUACAAGUUUUGCUAUCAAAGGGACUUGUUAACAAGGAUAUCAGCGUGGUUCAAGCUCUCUUGUUAAGUAAGAGUCGUUUCAUGAACAAGUUUGUAAUUAGAUACCAGAAGGAAAUUCCACAGCUACUGAAGAUAUUUGAAGGUGAGAUGGACUGCUUAGAACUAAUCAAAGGGUCUAUGGAAAUGGACAGCUGAAGAAGUUUCAGUGAACAAGUUUAUAGAUUUCUUUAAGACUUUUCAGUCCCCAACGUUUCCCAGUUUCAUAACAUUCUACUUUUUCUGUUUGUAGUCCAUUCAUCCAAACCCAUAAUCCCCUAAUCCUGGUGACAGCGGGAUUUGAUCCCAGGUCUCCGCUACAAACCGCUGAGAACCUUGUCUCCAUCUUAUUUUUUUUCCUCCAGUUGUCUCAGCUUAUUAAAUCAGUGAAUAUAGAUGUACUUACCAGUGAACUGGGGGGAUUCAAUCUUGUCUCCAUCUUCCUCACCCCUACCCAAAGAUUUGGUAGCAGAACUGCAGAAGAGAAGACGAAGUCCAUAAGCAUUGUAUGCAAAGGACUGUAAGCAUUGUAUGCAAAUGACUGUUUUGUUCCAUAUAUUUGUCAAGCAAGGAUCUCAGUGUGAUUAUAGUUUUGAAAUUGAGCAGGGACCUCUUGAAGUUCUUAACCAAGUACCAAUAGAAAGUCACGUCUUGAGGAAACCGGUGGGUUGUAAGCAUUGUAUGCAAAGGACUGUUUUGUUCCAUAUAUUUGUCAAGCAAGGAUCUCAGUAUGAUUAUAGUUUUGAAAUUGAGUAGGUACCUCUUGAAGUUCUUAACCAAGUACCAAUAGAAAGUCACUUGUCUUGAGGAAACCUGUGGGUUGUAGAAUUUAGACUGUUUAUAGCUUUGAAUUGUAUCUUCAAUUCCCAAUUUGAUACACAUAAGCAUAUUGAUA